AAUGCUUAUCAAUUUUCUGUUAUCAGUCCAUCCAAACUCCGUAAAUCCGUGAAACUGUGAAAGUUUAAAGUUAAGAGAAGUGUAAAAAUUAUGCAAAAUUGCAAAAAUUUUAGUGAAAAAGAUUCCACAUAAUCGUUAUGGAUAAGUCGUCAGCCAAGGAGAUAUUUUUCCAUUCAUGCAUAAAUGGUGAUUUGAGUACAAUUAAAAUUAAUUUGUUCCAUAAUGUAUCGCCGUUCAGCCUAGACAAGUAUGGAAACAAUGCUUUGCACCUAGCUUCCAUGAACAAUCAACCAAAAGUAUUAGAAUACUUACUAAAGACUGUCAAAACUUAUAAAAGCAAUUUUCGGAAUAAAAUUGGACGUACUGCUUUAAAUAUUGCAGCCGCUCAAGGUGCAUUUGAGUGCAUUGAAGUUUUACUUAACAACUAUCCUUGUGACAUCAAUUCUACAGAUAAGAUUUUUAACAAUAGUCCACUACAUUGGUGUGUUACAAGCAAAUGUAUCAAAGGUGUUAAGAAGUUAUUAGAUGUGGGAGCUGAUUUCACGCUUGUAAACAAAUUUGGUAAAACUCCUUUACAACUUGCCAAAACAACUUGUUUGGACAUUUUUCAUUUAAUAGACAAUUUUAUCAAAAAUAAAAAUAAGUACCAAUUUUUACACACAACUCCACAGUCUAAUAAUGGUAUUAGAACUAAUAUAAAUAUUACCUCAAAAUCAUCUAAUUCGCCACAAUUUAAAAUAACUAAUGGUAAUUCAAAAUCAAAUUCAAAAAUAUUUAAUAAGACUGUUGAUCAGCAAAGUGUCAAUUGUGAAACAAUAUUAGGCCCUAAUUUGGUAUCUAAUAAUUCAGAUGAAUCAUUUUAUCUGGAUAUUUCAAAACUAAAACAUGGUGAUAAUUCUGUUUUAAAAUUAUUGGAAAAAUCUAUUGAACCAGUCGACGAAACUUCUUUUGUUUCAUCUAUUUUAAACAGUGGAAAAGUUAUUCAGUUGACAGAAGCUGGUAUACUUGCUUUGGAAUACACAAAAAAUGAAAUAAAUACUCCAAUUCCUGAUCGCCUUGUACAAAGCCUCUUGAACACAUCUCAACAAUAUAAUGAAAAUGAAAAUCAUCUUGACUAUGAUAAUAUUGAAAAAGAUAUUGAAUUAGGUUCAACAACACUUGCCAGAGGAUUAAAACGACUGAAAAGUCCACAACCCUGCUCUAAAAGAUUUAAAUAUACUGAAAGUACUAAGACUUCGGAGUUUGAAAGUUUAUUGGAUCAAUUGGGUUCUAAGUGUACUAAAACUGUACCCAUAGUUUAUAAUUCAAAUUCUUACUGUUCACAAAGCUUGUCAUCUGUAGAAAAUAGGACAAUGAGAAAUAAUGAGGUUUGCAAUCAAAAUCAAUUAGUAUGCGUAAACCCUGACAUUAAUGCUCAGCCCAAAUGGGUAGAUGAUCUAUUGUGUUUAUUUCAUAAAUUAAAUAAUUCGGCCAUAGUAGACAAAUCAAUUGAACUAACUUGGUGCACUUAGUCAUUCAUUAUUAGUUAACACCUACCAUUUUUAUUAUUCCAAGUUGUGCUGUAGUAAAUACAUUUUUCACAAUUAACUAUGUAUGUGGCAGUGGCAGAGUCAGGAUUUUUCUUCGGGGGGGGGGAAGCUGAUCCACUUUUACAUAGCCCCCUUAGCCACCCGGCUACGCCACUGGUAUACAUUUUGCAAAAGAAACCAUAACUUGUAUACAAAAUCUUCUUUGAUUCCAAAAAACAGCUCAGAAGUCAGGACAUCAAUGAUCAAUACCUACAUUGUUUGUUAAUAUUUUCUCUAUUGAUCUCAAAUUAUUUUAGGUUUUACAUAAUUUGUUUUAUUUAAAAAGUAUAAAAUUAAAUAAAUUAACUACAUUAACAUAUUUUUUAUUUCUUAUUUCAAACAUGUAUUAGUUGUUUGAAUUGUCAUUGUAUACUUAACAAAAGGCCAUGCCAAUAUUUAUUAUUUAUUAUCCAACAACUAUACAGUAAUACCCUUUGUUUUUUAUUCUGGUUACAUAACUAUUCACUAAUCACAUUAAAGCAAAACUUUAAUUUUUAUAUAUUUAUAUUAUGUAAAUAAAAUUAUGGAAUUAGAUUAACUCAUAGAGCUAUAAAGUCUCAGGUUCCCCCGAGACUACUCAUACACACUAGCAUUCUCCGUUAUUUAUGGCAAGUAGUCUACUAGUCUCUAGGUGCCUGAGAAUGCGGUGCACCUUUGAAAACCUUAUAUGUAUUAAUUUACUUAAAUAAACAAUGGUGGCGCUGCUACGAUCAUUUUUAACCAAAACAAUUCAUUUUUUAAAUCAGUAAUUUAAUAUUUUACAAAUUAUUCAUAUUUAUUUAUUUAUGUUAAUUGUAUAUUGUAUAUCAUUAUUUAUUUAUAAAUAUUAUACAUUUUUUUAUUAUAUUUAAA